AUUUUCUUUCCUUCCUUUUUCUUUUUUCUCCACCCUUUUAAUAUCGAUUUUACUUUAGUGAGAAAUUCCGUGAUAUCUCGAUUUUGCUUGCUCUCGAAGUAAAAGGAAUGCGUUUUUACUGUAGUUCGCUGAAGCAUCGCGAGAGAGAAGGUCACGCAUCGUGAAAUACCUUUACGACGUUUAUAUACCUUUCUUAUUCGCAGACUUUGCUAUCUCCUUUCGUGUAUCAUCCUUUUUAUUCUCUUCUUCUUCUUCUUCUUCUUCUUCUCUUUCUUCUUUUUAUUUCUUUUUAUUCUUAUUAUUAUUCUUAUUUUUCUACGACUAGUUCAAGAUUCGAAAGAGAGGACUGACUCUCAUCUUGGAACGUUUGACCGACUACGGUGGUUUUAAUGUUGUACGUCAGUUGCGGCAGGUCACGAGGAACGGCUCUCAAGAUGGCCUACAUUAUACUACUUCGUUCUUAUCGUUGACCAGAAAGAAAGAAAAAGAGAAAAGGAGAAAAAGAAGGACGGAGAAAGGGACAGAAACGGAAACGGAGAGACAAAGAGAGAGAGAGAGAGAGAGAGAGAGAGUGAGAGAGUGAGAGAAAGAGAAGAGAAAGAGAGAGAGAGAGAGAGAGAGAGAGAGAGAGAGAGAGAAAGAGAGAAAGAAAGAAAUCUUACCGAUCAGAAGAAUCGAUUCUUCAGCUUUUCGCAAAGUUCGAUUCUCGAAAAGAGAAAUGGGCCAAGCUUGGUGCAAAGAAAAGACCUCAAAGGCUCAGGAUUCGAAAUCCCCUUUGGAUAGAGUCUUCGUUCGAUGUGCUCAUCGGAUUUAUCCAAGCUUAAAAGAAGAGGGUUCGGUGCUCGGUGGUGCCACUCAAAGAGUAACGAGCUCCGAGAUUGGAUAUGCUGGUUCACCACCCAGAGAUGUCCUCACAAGGGGCAGAAGCAUCGACUCAGUCGACAGACCCUUUCAACCGAGCGAUUGGGUGGACGUCAACUUGGAGGUACCCAGUACACCUAGAGCUAACUCAGUUCUCACCAACUUGACCAUCGACACGAAUCUUUACCCACCUACGACUACUCCCACGUCUAUCCGUUCGAAUAAUUUGAAAGACGUGACACCGGUGCCACCACCAAGACGAAAGAAGCGAAACAGAGGUAGACCAUUGCCACCGAAACCGGACGAAAUUCUAGAGAAAACGAGCAGCAAUUUGCGUCACGUAGAUUCAAACGAGGAGCCGUUAUAUUCCUCGGUAGUGAGUAACUCGCCGAGAACGUUGCUUGACGAUUAUGCGACGAUGGACGAUGUCGUUGGUGGAUGUCGCGAGCAGUCACACGAUGAAGGUAGUACCUUCCGAAGUCAGACGAAUGGAACGAGAGAUUCACGGGUGAACGAGUAUUCAAAGGGUGUAAUGCCUGAGGGUAGAAGGACGAAGGAGAUAUACGAGCACAAGGUUAACGGUACCGGAAGAAUAAUAUCGAGCGACGUGGUUUCCGGCAAAAGGUUGUCCCACAACGAUAGGAAGACAUCGAAAAUUUUUAAUCAACAUAAAACACCUAUGACCGAUGACGAUAUUAACGACGAAUACGAAAGAUUCGUUAAUGGACGUGGUAUCAAGGAUUCGUCGACUCCGAAUCGACAUGAUGAGGAUAUUCGUAAAAGAACCAAGGAGUUUAUGCGUAAUCGGCAUAUAGAUGAUUCUACAAGGGUAGAUGUUCAAAUAAUGGAGCUUAAUGUCAGACCAAAGAACUACAGCACAGUUAGCCUUCCGAAUUACGACGAGUUGGAUGUAGUUAGACACGCGACGAAAAGGACCAAGGACGAAGGAGAAGGAGAGGACGAGAAAAUAAGAUCGAGGAGACCCGUCAGGAGCAGCACGGGAUCUCUUCCGGUCGAAUCUUUCCUUCUACCUUUCUCACAGAAAACGAGUAUCCGAUUGGAGGACUAUAUUCAACGUCAUGGAAGCACUGAAAAUCUAUCAGAGUAUCAGGUACUAGAGGGAAAGCUACCUUGCAGUGAUGCCAAUAGCGAGACUGAAUUCUUGAAGUACGAUCCGAGUAAAUUGGAGGAUUGGGACCUUGGUGACAUCGGUAAUUGCGAAUUGAACCACAGGCAAAGGCCCCUUGAGUGUUCAGAGACAUCAGAUCGUGAUGUAGUAGAUUUUCACCAGACACGUACAAAUACGAACGAAUUGCAAAAGCCAAUGUCCUUUGGGAAACCAAUAGAGUUAGUUCAUGAGGAAUCCAAACUUGAUGAGACAUUACGAGAACGGGACAGAUGCCCGCAAGAAGAAUCGAAAGAAAUAUCGAAACCAGAUCGACCGCCAUCGUGCAGAGAUGCAUUUUGCUUGAAUCAGAACAAUACUUUUUACUCAGAUGCAAUGGACGAUUCAGGAUGCAGUAAGAAGAAAGAGGAUCCAGAAAAUUUCGAUCGAUCUAAUUCAAAGAGGAUGAUGAUAUUCGGUAGAAGUUUAUCGAACGAGAGCGAACCUUGCGAUCCUAACGAGAUGUCCUGCGAAACGAAAGAAUUACGUCCACGUGAUAAAAGUAAAAUAAUCAGUACGAUAUCGGAGGAAUCAUUAUCGAGCGAAACGUUAAUCGAUAAGGAUAAAUUCAUCGAGGAUGAGGAGAGAGAUUUGAAAAUGAAGAAAAUGAAAACGCCACCACCGAGUCCGGAGAAUAAAAUAAAAUCUGAUAACAACGACAACGAACAUUCGGUACUUUUGAAGGUUUUAAAGGAGGAAGCUGCUGACGGUAGUAACUUUAGUUCGAUGACACCGAGUUUGACCGAAUUGGAAGUGGCAUUGUCGGAUAUGUUGGAGAAAGAACAAAACGAUCAGGAAAACGUCAAAAAUGAAAAUAUAUAUAUAGAGAAGGAAGGGAAUAAUAAUAAUAAUAAUAAUAAUAAUAAUAAUAAUAAUAAUAAUAAUAAUGCUAAUAAUAAUAAUAAUAAUAAUAAUAAUAGAUCGUUGUCACCAUCUAAAAACGAAGAGAUCGAAACGACAUUGAUUACGAUCGAGAAGAAAAAUUGUAAGGAACGUCUUUCGGUUUCGUUGGACGAUAUUCUAAAGCCAAAAAUUUCAUCGAACAAUAAUCGAAGAAAGGUAUCGUUUUGUGCGUGGGAAGAAAAGGGUUCGUACGAACAAGAGGAAACUAUUGUCAAUAAGUACGAAUGUACGAAAAACGAGAAAUCUCAUUCGUCGAAUCUGCAACGUACAAGUCAGGAAGAUUCGAUCGAGAUAGAAAAAUCCGAGGAUACUCCUACGCCACCGAGAAGAAGACACAGACCUUCUUGUCCUUCGGGAAUCCUCAAGGAGGAUCAACGAAACUCUACAAAUGGUGCCAAGACGCAUACGGAUGCGAUCGAACACGAUGAUAGACUUAUUUGAUCUCGAUGCGAUCGAUUUUCUUACACAUAUUUCUUGGCCGUGACGAGUAGAUAUUUAGAACGUACGAGGAACCAAAAUGAAGAGUUGUGAAAGAAACGUCGAAUGAAAGAAAAAGGAGGAAAGAAAGAAAGAAAAAAAGAGAGACAGAAAGAAAACGAGAGAGAGAGAGAGAGAGAGAAGAUGUAGAAGAAAAGUGAGCUUUUUAAGGGAAGGAAAAAGUUUUGCGAACCUGAACACUCCGAGUGGUCUUAAUUUCGUCGACGUUUCGUUUCGAGAGCGAUUCCUUUCUAAACUUUUAGACUCUUGUAACAUAAUGUAAGUACGUAUACAUACAUACAUACAUACGUAUAUAUAUAUAUAUAUAUAUAUAUACACAUGCACAGAGAAAUAUCUCUAUACCUGUAUGUACAUAUAGUUACUGUGGUAAAAAAGAGAAACGAACUAAAAAGUACGUCCUUCUCAAACUGAAUGUAAUCUGUAGAUACUAUAAGCGGAAUAAAAAACGAAGUUCUCGAUAUUA